UAUGACUGAUAUAUUUCUUCAGAUUGAAAGCAGGAACAGAAGAGUGGUCUGCGAACUGCUACGUGACACGCGCAUGCGCGACACGACACCCAGGUUUAGCUCCAGCGCGCCAUUGGCUGGGCGUUGUCGUGCCUGGAGCCAAGAUCUGUGCCAAGAUGGAGAUCUCCAACGAUACCCACCAGGAUAUCUGCUGGUGGGCGACUCCGUACCGCUGGACAGGCGAGAAUCCACCCAGCAAAGCGUGCGCGCAAACCGACCACGCAUGCGAUGUUUGUCACGAACGCGCUUGCACUUGCUCGCUACUCAGACCCAGUAGGGGAUGUUUGGCUCACAACAAGCGCUCCAGGAUCGAAUACCACGUCCAUGCGCCUAUGACUGACCGCAUCGUAGCCACACUGGUGAAACUGACCCGCACAGCUCCUGACACGGCAAGAAUACCGGGCGCUCCGGCCUGUAAUUCAAGGGCCACCUUGCUGGCUUACCGGGUCGUGGCGCCCCGUCUGGUGUUACAAGUAUUUCCUUGCGGUGGCGACAAGAAGGGCGAUUGCGAAACUUGUGAUUUGGACCCUGGCGUAAAUACCCACGGCAGCGCCUUGUUGCGACCCAGCCGAGUAUUGACUCCUUGCUGCUGUUCAUGCUACAAGCUGCGGAUAACGAAUACUACGCCCAUAGCCACCACUGUGCGUUGGGAGGCACCCCUUGAUGGCGAAGAAUUUCUCAAGGUGAAGUUUUUACCGAACGAUUUCGAAAUCGGAAGUUACAACGAAAAACAAAUAACGGUAAUUUUGGAGCCUCGACGAGUGUGCAGGCGCAGAUUGUUCGUGUUUAGAGCGAAGGUCGCGCAUGCGUACAAGCCGCUUUAUCUUCUCAUCGACACUGCUAUAGAUGGUGUUCGAAUAAUCUGCGAAGUGCCUGUGGGUGGAGGGGAGAGGAACAAUUCCGUCAUUGCUCUUCGCUUAAUGCAGAAGGAGAUAUAUCCAUGGGACAACACCAAAAAACCCACUACACCGGACGAGUGUUUUGAAGCCGAAGACCGCAAGAGAGCCGAAGUGCUAGAAAGGAUAUGCGAAUGUAAAUUUGAGUUGAAGUAUAUCCCUCCGGUAAGACAUAUUCAUCCGAAGUUUCCCAAACCGGGUUGUCCAGAAAUAGUGACUGAGCCUCCACCGUUGACGAGAGUUUGCCCGUGCUUCGGCAAGAGAAUACCAAAUGUCCCUGAUCUUGAAGAACUCUGCUGCUUACAGUUCAGAAGCGUUCCUAUAAAAACAGUGAGAUCGCGGAGGCUGACGCUUCGCAAUGAUGGGAAGGUGACGGCACGAUGGAGGAUGGUGGUCCGACGCUGGCCACGCCAGAAGAAUCGAGUGGCCAAUAUAGACGCAUUAACUUUUGGAGGCGACCGAUGGGCGGGCGACGUGCGUUCACCGGGCGUUGUGAUUCAGUGUACCCCGGCUAAAGGAAUCUGCAUGGUCGGUCAGAGUGUGGACAUACUUGUGCAGGUGUACGCGGACUGUUGGGGACUAUACUAUGAUCAGAUCAUGCUGAUGGUGGACCACGUAGAACCCAUCGUUGUGGACGUGUGGAUUGAGGUGGUUGGGCCGGUGCUGCAGUUUGUGAUUCACUGUACGCUGCCGGAAUUCGAAUCCACUAUGUGGUUGUCAACAUCGGAUCCGCAGCGCACGCUGCGAGCGAAGAACACAUCGCGUUCUCAGCUUACCAUACAUGCUUACACAAUUCUAGAACAUGAACACUUUCAAAACACUUUGCCCUUCCGACUGUACAUGCGGUUCACGGAUAAUUUGAAGCCUGUCUGUCCUUGUUCCAAAUUUCCUUCUAGCGAUUCUGUAGCCACUAGCGAGGAAUCUUACACGUUUUCGGACAUAAUGUAUACUGGUAUUGAGGUGUACCUAGGAGACGAUCACGGACUACAGGGCGAGGAAUAUUAUAAGGUGGAACCAACCGUUUGUUCCGUGGCGCCUGGAGAAUGGAAGGAUUGGCGCGUGAGUUUGAACCCCUUGGCAGGGGGCGAGAUUGCGCCGCCUGGAUUGGUGCUGCUGAGAACUAUUCCAGUGGACGACCGAGGGAACCACUGGUUCCGCUGGGAGCCAGCGCCAGCGCGGGUGGGCGUCCGACAAGCGCCCCGCGCCGCUGUUCUACGCAUGUCGUGCAAGGAGGUGCGCGCGCAUAUGUGCGCGCUAGAUCUGCAUUACAACGAAAUUGCUAGGGUUCGCAAGCGGUUCCGAAUGCGGAACAUCGGCACUGCUCCACUUCUGGUGCAUUGUGCGACGGAGGCCCCAUGGCAGAUCGUCGUGAACAAACAGCCGAACGAUUGUGAAUGUGGCUGCGAACAUGAGCUGGGUGAACGGUACGAUGAGGUCGAGCUGAUGGUGGAACCCUGGAGCUCGACUUCGAUCUGUGUAGAGGUCGCGGUGGACACCACAGAAAUGUGGCCGAUUGUUGAAGAAGAAUAUGGCGUCGACAAGAAGUGCAUACUCUCGAGUUACCCUCCUAAACGUGAGGUCACCGGUCAACUUGUGUUCUCCUGCGAGGAAGGGAUUUUGGAGACGUUGCCACUGAUACUCGAUGUGGACUAUCCCCUCCUGUCUCUCGAGCCGGACGCCAUUGAUUUUGGAUUCGUCACUCACGGAGACACACGGAAGACAUACUUUUCAGUAUGGCAUUCAAGCUUAAGCGCGACCAUCACACUAGGUGUGAUGUGGCACGGUAGCGCGAAGCUGAGGCUCUAUCCUCGUCACUUGCGCGUCGAGCCAGGGAAACGCGAACGUAUCUACCUCCAGUAUACUGCUGCUUGGACAGGCGCCCCAGUACCAAUAGAAGGCUGCAUCCGUGUAUCGGCCGCCGCAGGCGCGGGCGCGUGGUGCCGCGUUGCGCUGUACGUGCGCGCGCAGCCCGCUCGCGACGCCAAGUUUAGACAAGAGGUGCACGACCACACGGAUCAGUGGAACCUGUGGCCUCCGUCACUGCCUCGGCUGUGAGAUCGCGGUUUUUGCGAAGAUCUUGAACGAACACCGUGGAUUAUUGAAAAUAAAGCUUUGUUGAAAGC